AACAACAUAAACUUUUUCCCCAAUUUCUCGUAAAUUUGAGCGGAUGCCUUUAAUACCUUAAUAAUUUUGGAAUUUCAAUUUGAAAUUCUGUUUACAAUUGUGCUCUCGUCAUCUCCAGUGGAAUCAAAACUUUUGCAGGUUGAGAGGUGGACGUUAAAAUAAAUUGAAAAUGAACAACUCUUCUGCAGGGCCAUCCUCAAAAGCUAGAGUAGGAGCAUCACAACCUUCAGAAAGUUCACUUAAGAGGAAACGUGGCAUGUUUCAGAAAGAUUUGCAACACAUGAUGUAUGGUUUUGGAGAUGAUAGCAAUCCACUUCCAGAAACUGUGUCACUUGUUGAAGACAUCGUGGUGGAUUAUGUCACUGAUAUGGUGCACAAAGCUCAGGAUAUUGCAACCAAAAGGGGGAAGCUUUUGACCGAGGACUUUCUGUUCUUAAUUAGAAAGGACUUGCCGAAACUUAACCGGUGUACAGAACUGUUGUCCAUGAAUGAGGAGCUGAAACAAGCUCGGAAGGCUUUCGAGGUCGAUGAAGAGAAAUUGGCUUCACAUCAGUGAAGGGGAAGUGUGAUCUUAGUUCAGAAUGACACAUUGAGUGGCACCGUAGGACCAGUAUACAGUUUACCUACUCUGGAGUAAAUAGCCUGCUUGUUCUCAUUUUUCGCUAGCACAAUCGAUGUCUGAGUCACCUUGUAGCUGCGUUUACUCUUGCACAAUAGAUCCUCGAUGCUGAAAUCAGUUUCUUAAGUGUUCUAUUGGUGCAUUGAACGCCACCUGUGUGUAGUUUGACAGUUCUAAAGAUGGUUGUCAGGUAUUUAUAAUUUCAUCAAUCUACUUGUUUGUAGAUCUGCACAAACUGAUGGAAUGAGUUGUAAGUUAACUCUGAGUAGUCACCCGAUUAGAUAGAUUUUGAUCUGUUUGCUAUGCAAAAGAUGGAAGAUCUUGUACGGCUUUUACCUUGUUAA